UCAACAGUUAGAUCUAAUGUUUCAUUCAUAGAUUUAUGAUACAUUGUUCAAAUCACUAACAAAGCAAAACAUGUGAAAUGUGUCCUAUUGUGACAGUAUAAUAUACAGUUUCGAGACAUGUUGAACAUUUUUUGUAUGAUGUAUUAUUUUGUUGGUGUACUGUUAUGUGCAUUGCACGUUUAUGUUGACAGUCUAGCCGUAGAUGACAUCGACCGCCACCCAAGUUGGAAAUACUUCGAUACAGAACAGUGUGGAAUAACAAAGUACGACGAUGUACAGCCUAGAAUUGUGAACGGAAAGAAGGCCAAGUUGGGAGAGUUUCCAUGGAUAGUGCGAUUAGGAAUAAAGUUUAGCGAUGCAGAUUAUAUAUUCUUCAGCUGUGCCGGGAAUUUAAUUAACAGGCAUUAUAUUCUAACAGCAGGGCAUUGUCUGGAAAGUAAUACAAUAGCUCGAAUAGGAGAAAAUAAUUCGAGGAAUACAACUGACUGUGAUGAAUCUGGUUGUGCCCCGCCUGUACAAGACAUAGGAAUAAAAAAAAUCAUAGCGUUUGGCUACCAAAAAAAGACACGCAGAAGGGACUUCCAAUUGGUUCUUCUGGAAAAACCUGUUCAAUUCAAUGGUAAUUCUUAGAUGUAACCAAUUAUUUGGGUACAAAGUACUUACGAACAUGAACUCCGAUAAUUGCGUACAGUCAGAGUAUGUGGUUCCGGUUUGUCUUCCACGAGGCCCCAUUCUUACGAAAGACUUCUUGGGCAAGACAGUGCGGAUUGCUGGUUGGGGUUACAACAACUCAACUGUUCAAACCCUACCUGAUGACUUGAUCUUCAUUCGUGCGCCGAUUUUGAAAAAUGAAAUUUGUAAUAACAUUUACAAGAAUCCUUUGGAUCAAUCACAGUUGUGCGCUGGAUACUUGAACGGAAAAGAUUCUUGUGCCGGGGAUUCAGGAGGUCCGAUGACGAAAUUUUUGAAACAUCGUGAAAGAAGGCAACAUUAUCUGCUAGGUAUUGUUUCCUAUGGCAAAAAAGUGUGCGGGUCUGGCCCUGCUGUCUACACGAAGGUGGCUUAUUAUAUGAAGGAAAUUCUUGACAAUAUUGAAUUAGACUGAAAUGUAAUAGCAAAUUAUAUGUGUGUUGAAGAUGUCAUGUGAUUAUACAUAUGUAUAGCAAAUACAUUGAAAUUUUGCUUUUGCUUUUAAUUUUUACAAUA